UAAAUACAAAGCUGAAAAGAAAAUUCUUGGCCUCGAACGAACCCAUUAGUGACAGUGAUAACAAAAAUUUAAUGAUAUUUCUGAAGUUAGUUGCUGCUAAGGAUAGAGAAAACAAGCUAGAAAUGGCAGACUUCAUUGACGAACUGGAAAGGUUUAAAGGUCAACAGACAGACGUUUUUGAGGAUUUAUUCGGAGACAGAAGUCCAACACAAGUAUGGGCAUACUUAACACAGAGAGAAUGCGGAAAGAUAGAAUUUUCGGACAUAAAUCGAUUCAUCACAAGGAACACCGGCUACAGUGUAGAUCAGUGGUACAGUGGAUUUUCUUACAAACUUUCGGAAACACCAACAGAGUUCUUAGGCUCCAUACUCAAAACAAUGAUGCUGAAUUCAAGCAGAAUCUAUAUGAAGAUAACAGAUAUUCCCAGGACAGUCGGGGUAAACACAAAAUACAUCUCAGGUCUUGACUUUGACAUGGAAGACGAUGACAGAAAACUAUUGGUUCAGUGUGGAAGAGAUGCAACUGUAGAAUUCUUGAAGGCCCGAGGCUAUAAAUUUCAAAAUGCACACGAAACGGAAAAGUGAUUACCACUCAAACUUUCGAUUACAUGUACAUUGUACAGACAGUUUUGUAAGGCAGUGUACUUCUGUUUGUAUUAUUUAUUAUACAUUGUAAUUAUAACGAUGCCUAAAAUGAUAAUCACUUUUAAACAUGUCUAUAAACGGAAUAUCCAUAUUAAGAGGGCAUCCUAUAUUUACUUUGAUAUCUUCAAAACUGGAUCUCUCUUUCAAGAUUUAUCAAAUGUUGAAAAU